AUGAAUAGCGACAUCCCAGAGAAGCAGACCGCGUCCGAGGUCGAGGCCUCCAAGGGCGAACCCAUCUACGAUGCCGACGAGAAGGUCGACUACGACCGCGAGGGCGCCAUGCAUGCCGAGAGGGCCGAGUUUGACAUGACUGUGAUCCAGGCUGUCAAGGCCUAUCCCGCUGCCAGCUGGUGGGCCUUCGUCAUGUCAUGCACCAUUAUCAUGGAGUCCUACUGUGUGUUCCUGAUGGGCCAGUUCAUCGCCACACGGAAAUUCGCCGAGGACUUCGGUGUCUGGAGCAAUGAAACAAACCAGUGGAUCAUCGAGGCUUCAUGGCAGUCCGCCUUCCAGUGCAGUGGACCGAUCGGUGCCUUCAUCGGGGUGUUCCUCGCAGGCCCCAUCACCAGCUGGAUCGGAUACCGCUGGGCCACGAUCGGCGGCCUGAUGGCCCUGAACGGCUUCAUCUUCAUCUUCUACUUCGGCAACAGCCAGGGCAUGUUCUUCGCCUCCCAGAUCCUCGAAGGCAUCCCAUGGGGCAUCUUCAUCGCCAAUGCACCCGCCUACUGCUCCGAGAUCGUGCCCUUGCGGUUGAGAGCGCCCGCGACGCAGAUGCUGCAGAUGUUCUGGGCGAUUGGGUCGAUCAUCGUCGGCGGUAUCACCUACCACUACCAAUCCAAGAAUCACUCCGACGCGUACAGGAUGCCCAUUGCGCUGCAGUGGAUGUUCCCCACUCCCCUCGCGAUCCUCCUCUUCAUUGCGCCUGAAUCGCCCUGGUGGCUCGUCCGACAGGGCCGUCUGGCGGAGGCGGAGAAGUCCAUCCGGCGCCUGGGCCGGGCGAGCGCCAAUGAGAACCCCGCCGACGCAGUCGCCAUGAUGCGCCGCACCAUCGAGCUCGAGAAGACAGAGAAGAAACCCAGUCUCAUUGAGCUGUGGAAAGGGACCGACCGCUACCGCACAUUGAUCGUGUGCGGUGUGUACGCGUCGCAGAAUCUAACGGGCAAUCUGAUCGCCAACCAAGCGGUCUACUUCUUCAAACAGGCCGGCAUGGCCGACAACACCGCAUUCGCACUCGGCCUCAUCACCUCGGCCCUCCAGUGGAUCAUGGUCAUGCUCUCGUGGAUCCUGACGACCUACCUGGGCCGCCGCACGAUCUACAUCUACGGCCAAUUCAUCAACUGCGCGUUCCUCGUCGCGCUCGGCAUCGCGGCGUCCGUGGGCGUCAGCAAAGCCGCCAGCAACGCGCAAGCAUCCCUCGGCCUGAUCGUCUCCGUGCUCUUCUGCCUGGGCCCGGCCCCUGCAUCCUGGGUCAUCAUCGGCGAGACCUCGUCCAUCCGCCUCAGGCCCCUGACCACCGGUAUCGGACGCGGCGCCUACUACCUGGUUAACAUCCCCUGCAUCUUCUUGUCGAGCUACAUGCUCAACGAUGAUAAGUGGCACCUCGGCGGCAAGAGCGGGUAUGUCUGGGCUGGCACGGCGUUCAUCUGCACCGCUGCCGCUUGGCUGUGGGUUCCGGAGAUGAAGGACCGGUCGUAUCGUGAGAUUGACAUUCUGUUUAAGCGGAAGGUCUCGGCGAGGAAGUGGAAGCAGACUACUGUUGAUAUCCGGGAUGAUGAGUAG